CCUAUUGGGCCUGCUAUGUGGUGUUGAUGAAUUGGUAGCAGUUCAGUUCUCUCGCCUGUAACCCCGCUGCGUAGCGGCGACCGCCGACCGGCAUGAGCACCCGGUCCCCCACCACAACUUGCCGCCGGCGAGCCGCGAUCCAGUGGGCGAUUCCCUUCCUCUCCGCGUGGGCGAAAGGAUCCAGUGAACUACUUCCACACACUCGCUGCUUCUCCCCUGCCCAUGGCUACGCCGCUUAUAGCAGGACUUGCAGUUGCAGCAGCUGCUCUUGCCGGUAGAUAUAGCAUCCAAGCUUGGAAUGCUUAUAAGGCACGGCCUGUAGUUCCAAGGAUGCGCAAAUUCUAUGAAGGUGGCUUUCAACCUACGAUGACACGAAGGGAAGCUGCUUUAAUCCUUGGUGUCAGGGAAACUGCCAAUGCAGAGAAGGUCAAAGAAGCACACAAGAGGGUGAUGGUGGCCAAUCAUCCAGAUGCGGGUGGAAGUCAUUACCUUGCUUCAAAGAUUAACGAGGCGAAGGAUAUAUUGACAGGGAAAACAAAAGGAGGUGGAUCGGCCUUUUGAUUGGAAAAUGGACAUGUCCUUCCACUGAAAGGACAAUUUUGUACCUCCAGACUCGCGUUUUAGAAGAUAGACAGAAAUCUUUCUGCUACAAAAAUUUGUGGACAAAAACGUAGUGGACCUUUUUGGAGUAGGCUAUUCACUGCUUAAUAAAGCUCGGUUCAAGCCUGAAUCAAUGAUGUAACUGCUGUACAUGGUAAAGUGUCCUUUGUCACUUGUAUUUUGAGAACAUCACUACACGCUUCUUUCAGAACUAACAGCCUCAUGUCGUGGGCUGAUUUAUUUUCUUUGGACAUUGCUGCUAA